AUGGGAUUCCUUACCUCCAGAAGUGGGACGUUUGUUCUUUUUGCCAUGGUUCUCUUAGUUUACCUUGUAGCUAUUGCUGGAAAUGUCCUUAUACUUACACUAGUAUAUAUGAAUCCCCAGCUUCAUACAUCCAUGUACUUUUUCCUCUCUAUCCUGUCCACUCUAGACAUUUUCUAUAUUUCUUCCACUCUUCCAAAGCUGCUGUACAUUUCAUGGACUGGUGACCAUAAAGUCUCUUAUGAGAGUUGCAUGCUCCAGUUAUAUUUCUUUCUUUUUUUUGCUGAUACAGAGUCCUUCUUACUGACCUCCAUGGCUUUUGACCGCUAUGUUGCAGUCUGCAUUCCUCUUAGGUAUUCUCUCUUGAUGAAUAAAAAAGUCUGUUGCCUGUUGGGCUUUAUGGCCUGGCUAAUGGGAUCUACGAAUGCAUUAAUACUUACUUGGCUUGUAACACGUCUAUCAUUCUGUGGUUUAAGCUACAUCAAUAACUUUUUUUGUGAUCUUAAAGCCCUGCUCGUCACUUCUUGCAGUGAUACAUCAUUCCUGAAGAGUUUUAUUACAGUGGAUGGAAUAUUUAUUGGCGGUGUUCCCCUUCUACUAACCCUAUCUUCCUAUAUAUCUAUUAUUUUGAGUAUUGUCAAAAUUAAAUCUUCAGCAGGAAGAAUGAAAUCGUUUUCAAACUGUACAUCUCAUAUUAUUGUUGUUACAUUAUACUAUGGGUCAGCACUUAUUUUGUAUAUGCAGUAUUCACAAGAACAAGACAAGCUCCUCUCUGUCCUGUUUGUCACUUUGGUUCCAGUUCUAAACCCGCUGGUGUACAGUUUAAGAAAUAAAGCCAUUCUAGGAGGUAUGAAGCGGUUAUCUGUGUUUUAG